CACCACUUGGUGUCCUUAACCUCCCUCCACCAGUCCGAUUGUCCUUCAAGUUAACACCCCAGCCUGUGGACGACCAGGACAAACUCGAUCCCUCUCAACUUGCCAAUCCUGUUCCACGGCCUCUCUAUCGUCAGACUGAUAAUCAAUGUCCCACGAUGAGACCGAGCGUCGGCCUUGAUAACGGCGAUCCGCGUCCCCGCAAACCCUCUCUCACCGAGUCUCCCUCCAUCCCAGGCGAACGACCCAACCCUACGCCCACGACCUUCUUCCUCACUCGAGAAUCCGAUUCCUCGAAACUCUCCUCUGAACGCCAGAGUAGUUCGUCCCCCACACCUGCUUCGUCUUCGUCUCCCCCAGUCAGCACAUUACAAGAUCUUAUCCAAGAAGCCGAGCGCCCCUCUAAGCAGACACCAUGCCGGCCAGGGCAACCAAGAAGCGGGAGCCGGAGAAGAUCAACCAUUAAACCUGGUACAAAUAUUCCUCUGCAAAGAAGAUCCUCUUCAGGGAGCAAUGAGCACAACAUGCCAGCCCGGCAGCGAGAUGUCACCCCCUCGCCUAUCCCGUCACGAGACAUUUCACUUCCUGCUAGCCCGAAAUCUGCAUCGUCCAAAUCAGUACAUAGAUCCGAUGACGAGCUGACAAUAGACGAUACUGGAAGUCAAGCCGUGGCUUCGAGUGAUGAGGACGAUGAGGAUGAGAGUCCUGCCAAGGUGCAAGAUAGCCAGCCUGAAUUGAUCAUGCCCAGCAUUAAGAUGCCCAGUCGACGCCCAUUCACAAGUCGGGGAAAGCAAUUGGGACGCUUCAAGAUUCUCGUUGCUGGACGCAAAGGGGUGGGUAAAUCCUCGCUUAUCAAGUCGAUUGUUCAAGUCUGCGAAGAUAUCGUCCAUGUCGACCCACUGUCCCCUUCAAGCACUCUUCACAGCUCUCAACGAGAUCUAAAGGGCUCUCAUGGUCAAGUUAGCGAGAUCUAUGCCAGUACGAAACCAUAUCCCGCAUGGUGGUCCAAUAUCGAGGAGAGUCGUAUCUUGAAACGAAGGAAGAGCCUUGGCGAUUCCGUACUGGAACGAAACCUCUGCUUCGUGGACACUCCUGACUCUUCCAAACUCGACAAAAUCGUGCACUAUGUCGAGCAACAGCUCGUCAACGCAAUGGUCUCGGUCGAACAACUUGGCAGUGAACUCUCCGGACUAUUGAGCGGUAGGGGUUCUUCACAUGUUGAUGUAAUACUCUACCUGAUAUCCAAAGACAAUCUCAAAAACGACUGCUAUCAAGUUCAGCAGUUAUCUGAGUUGUGUAACGUCAUUCCACUCGUCGCCCGAUCAGAUCUUCUCUCUCCCGAGGAACAAGCCAGUGUAAAAGAAGCAUUGGAUGCAGGCCUUGCAAGUCUGCCGAGGGUGCCCAUGAUCUUUGGGGUAGGGGUUGAACAACGAACUGAGGCCACCGCUCCAUACACAGUGACUUCUGUCAAUGGGCCAGAUCUAGACACCAUGGACGCUUCCCUUCUGAUGUCACCAGAGUAUGUUCAACCGCUAUUACCAUCAGAACUUGGGGUAUUGGUACAGCAGCUGUUUGAGCCCGAGACUGUGGCAUAUCUACGACACACGGCAGCGAAAAAAUUGAUUGCAUGGCACGCAGCGCACCCCAAGCUGACAAGCAUCUCAAGCCCCUCUCUUCGUUCAGUGCACAACUCUACUCUGGCCUCACCGAUACAAACCUCACUGAGCAACUCCGGCCUGCUCUUGCCGCUAGGCUCAGAGGUAUCUCUCAACACGUCCAACAGCUGGGCACUAGCCAAGCUAGCGGAUCACACCCAGCGAGAAGAGAGAAUUGCCCAAGUCCGGCUGUCUAAAUGGGCAGGUGAAUUGCAGUUGAGCCUUCAACGUGAACGAGAGCGGUAUGAGAGAAUGGCAAGAGGUGAGCGAGCGAUUUGGCUGGUGGAGAGGAUGGGCGAGGAGAUUCGAGACGGUAAGAUUGUGACACCGGAAAUCCAACAGGCGCUUGUACAUAAGGGUUCACGAAUGGCCAUGGGCUAUGGCGACGUACCGACCUACCAGAUGCAUGAUCCUCUUGGACUACUUCGGUGGCAGGAUAGUAUGCGGACGAGGGGCUGGAUAGCUCUCCAGGUUGUUGGAAGUUUUGGAGUUGUUGGAGGGCUGGCCUUUUGGCUUGCAAAAACUUGGGGUUUCACCAUGACCAUUAAUGAUUGGGCUCAAGGAAUUCAUGGAUCAUGGUUCGGCGAUGAGUAAAGGUUUGGAGACAGAGCACUCGAGUCAGGACCGGAGCCUAGGACAAGCAGUUUGUCAUUUGAUUGACUAGGGGAUUCGCCGAGGUGUGAUCUGGAAGAGCGAGGUGGAAAGGACUUGACAAUGUCAGAGUUGCGUUGAAGAGCUGGCACAGGUAAAGGUGAGAGGGCACUCGAAUCGUCCCUCACCGGAAUUUACCCUCGUGCAGCGAGAGUUGAAUCUCAGUGGCGCCCCAGGCUGCCCAAGCGUCUACUCACAUGUCUGGGCUAUACAUGCCAUGCAGCUGCAGGCUUCUCACUAAUGCCUCAGCCUCAGUCAGGCAGUGUUUAUAACAAUGAAUCUCCAGAUCACAAAGUACAUGGUUCCGUUGAAAAUCUUCUGUGCUGACCCUAGGAAUUUGAGACUGCAUGGUUGGACAGCGGGGAGAUGACCGAGUCAGACACACACGGCGCGGCAGGUUCCAUACUGACCGGGAUGUGUGUUGGAAUAUUUACAUCCGAUGUUUCCUGCAAGCACAGGC